AUGGUCUUCAAUAUCUGUUGGAUGUCGUCUGGAGCAGUUCGAGACUCCAGGCAAAGAAACGUGGAUGCAAAGUGCCAGGCGUUGAUUGAAUCCAAGGUGGCGUCCUCAUUGUGGCCAUGGGAGGCCAUGGGAGACCAUGGGAGACCAUGGUGGCCAGACUGCGACAGUGUGGCUAUCCCGUUGGGCCUUUGCAGCCUGUCAGUUUACACAUCACCGAUUGAGGGGAGCAUCGGGAGCAUCGGGGGGACAAGUCAGGGUCCACUCGCAUAA